CCAGCGGCGGGACUCCCUCGAUCAGGCAUCUUAUCCCUGAUCCUUUGGAUAGGGGAUAAGAUGUCUAAGCACCGGAGUACCCCUUUAAACUCGCAGCAGUAAACUUUUUACAGAGGCCUUUUUAAAAAUGAAAGAAGCGAUCUGAUUGGUUGCUAUGGGAACUGCACCUCUGUUCCUCUGCACAGGUUUUGAUACAUCUCCUCCUGAUCUUAGCCUUAAGAUCGACUCGGCGCCUGUGGAGACUCGAAGGCUCAGCCUGGAGAAAGUUUACAUGACACCAUGAAGGAGAACGAGAAGUACCACGUCACUUCGGACGAGGAGAAAGGCAUCCACAUCAUCAACAUCAAAGCCAUCGAAGACAUCGGCUACAUCCAGCCGGACACCUUGUUGUUGAAUUCUCUGAGUGCCGAUCAGGACUCUGCCGGUAAACACGGUUUGUGCUUCGGAGAUGGACAGAGAAAAGUGGAUUAUAUUUUGGCUUACACCUACAAGAAGUCUUCAGGCAGCAGAACACCAAGUAAAAAGUCCCUCCAUAACAACUCUUUGCACACCCAUCGGAGUAGUAAAGACAGUCAUCCGCUUCCUGGAGGAACUGUUGACGUAGAGUAUGCAGAAACCGAACCCAAGCUAGAUUAUCACGAGGAUGACAAGAGGUUCCGUAGAGAAGAGUUUGAGGGUAACCUGAUGGAAACCGGUCUGGAACUGGAGAAAGAUGAAGAGACUAAAAUGCACGGAGUGGGAUUUGUGAAGAUUCACGCUCCCUGGAAUGUUCUCUGCAGAGAAGCUGAGUUUAUGAAACUUAAGAUGCCAACUAAGAAGGUCUAUCACAUAAAUCAGAGAAAGGGCCUGAUGCACAAACUCAGCUCAGUCUUUCAGAAGAUAACCGACCCCAUUCAGCCCAAGGUUGCUGGUUACCGACCACAGACAGUCAAGCAUCUCUCCUAUCCCUUCUCCAGGGAAAAACAGCAUAUGUUCGACAUGUCAGACAAAGAAUCGUUCUUCGACAGCAAAACAAGAAGCUCAAUUGUGUAUGAAAUCUUGAAAAGGACAACCUGUACAAAAGCCAAAUACAGCAUGGGAAUUACCAGCCUACUUGCUAAUGGUGUGUACAGUGCUGCCUAUCCGCUACAUGAUGGAGACUACGAGAAUGAUGCUGAACCCAAUGACCGAAAGCUUUUGUGUGACGAAUGGGCCAGUUAUGGUGUUUUCUACAAAUAUCAACCUAUUGACCUGGUUCGAAAAUAUUUUGGUGAGAAGAUUGCCCUGUACUUUGGUUGGCUCGGAGUGUACACUCAGAUGCUUAUUCCCGCAUCCAUCGUGGGGAUCAUUGUGUUCCUUUAUGGAUGUGCGACUGUAGAUCAGGAUAUCCCAAGCAUGGAGAUGUGUGACCAGCGGAACAACAUCACCAUGUGCCCGUUAUGUGACAAGACCUGUAACUACUGGAAGAUCAGCUCUGCCUGUGCCACAGCCCGUGCCAGUCAUCUAUUCGACAACCCGGCCACGGUCUUCUUCUCCGUCUUCAUGGCUUUAUGGGCUGCCACAUUCAUGGAGCACUGGAAAAGGCGACAGAUGAGGCUCAACUACAGAUGGGACCUGACCGGUUUUGAAGAAGAAGAAGACCACCCCCGAGCCGAAUAUGAGUCUAAAGUCCUCCAGAAAUCACUGAGAAAGGAGCAGCGGCAGAGAAAGAAGCAUCCACCUGUUCCCGAGGACAACACAAACAAGUGGAGAAAGAGAGUUAUGACAGCCAUGGCUGGGGUGAAAUUGACAGAAAAGGAGAAGCUAACGUGGAGAGACAGAGUUCCGGCCUAUGUUACCAACCUGGUCGGCAUUGUCUUCAUGAUUGGUCUGACGUUUGCCAUAGUCUUUGGCGUCAUCGUAUAUCGAGUGUCCACCGCGGCUGCAUUAGCCAUGAGUUCCAAUCCUUCUGCCCGCGCCAACGUCAGGGUGACAGUGACUGCAACUGCCGUGAUCAUAAACUUGGUGGUAAUUCUGGUUCUGGAUGAAGUUUAUGGCUGCAUAGCAAGAUGGCUCACGCAGAUUGAGGUUCCAAAAACUGACAAGACUUUUGAAGAACGCUUGAUAUUCAAGGCUUUCCUCCUGAAGUUUGUCAAUGCUUACACUCCCAUCUUUUACGUUGCCUUCUUCAAGGGUCGGUUUGUUGGACGUCCAGGAGACUACGUCUACAUUUUUGGCUCCUUCAGAAUGGAAGAGUGCGCCCCUGGUGGCUGUCUAAUGGAACUGUGUAUCCAACUAAGCAUCAUCAUGUUGGGAAAACAGCUGAUCCAGAACAAUCUCUUCGAGAUAGGAAUCCCGAAGAUGAAGAAGCUGAUCAGAUACUUGAAGUCAAGGAGACAGACCUACAUGGAUCACGAGGAGCACAUGAAGAAGAAGCAACGAUAUGAAUUGGAUUAUGACCUUGAACCUUUUGCCGGACUUACUCCAGAGUAUAUGGAAAUGAUUAUCCAGUUUGGUUUCGUCACCUUGUUUGUUGCCUCCUUCCCCCUGGCUCCUCUUUUUGCUUUACUGAACAACAUCAUAGAAAUAAGACUGGACGCCAAGAAAUUCAUCACUGAGCUCAGGAGACCUGUGGCUGUCAGAGCAAAAGACAUAGGUAUCUGGUAUAACAUUCUGCGCGGUAUUGGGAAGCUGGCAGUGAUGAUAAAUGCCUUUGUGAUCUCUUUCACCUCUGACUUCAUUCCACGCCUCGUGUACCUCUACAUGUACAGUCCAGAUGGCACCAUGCAUGGCUUUCUCAACAACACACUUGGCUACUUUAAUGUCAGUGACUUUAAGCCUGGUACCGGGCCUAACAUUGAUCAGGACGUAGGAUACCAAGUGGAGAUCUGCAGGUACAAAGAUUACAGAGAACCUCCGUGGUCUGAGAAUAAAUACGAUAUUACGAAGGAAUUCUGGGCCGUUCUGGCAGCACGAUUGGCCUUUGUCAUAGUUUUUCAGAACCUGGUCAUGUUCAUGAGCGAAUUUGUUGACUGGAUCAUCCCAGACAUUCCCAAAGACAUCAGUGAACAGAUCCACCGAGAAAAAGUCUUAAUGGUCGAGGUGUUCUUAAAGGAAGAGCAAGGGAAAUUACAAAUGCUGGAAACCUGGAAGGAGCAGAAAAGAGGUGAAAACUGCAACAACCAAAGCCCCAGACUGUCCCGCAGCAACACCGGGAGCACAACCUCUGCGUACUCUCAUCGUGUGGAUGUGUAGGGCGAGUCCACCUGGAGGACACGUUGUUUGGGCAUUCAUUCCACUGACGGAAAGGUCAUUCAAGAUUGGACUCUUGAGCGUUUGGCCGGCUCUUGUCUGUGCAGCCUAUCUUGGCUCCCACCUUGUGCGGCCAGAGGACCAUGCUCUUUGGGAUGAGCAGCGUGGCAGGGGAAUUCUUGACGGGCUUGAUGGCUUCAGUGUCACCGCUGGCAUCUGCAUGUUAUACAGUAGCAGUAGAAUGUAUUUCCUCCGUCAUGGGUAUAUUGUGCCUUCCGCUGGGUCACCUGUUGCGAAAUUUUUGCAGACUAUUCUAAGCAGUAACAUAACAAUAAACUGCACAUCUGUCUCUUAUUUUAAGUAAGGCUUGGAUGGGACGAGGGCGCAACAUCAUGGAUCUAUGAACAUUGACGGACGGCUGGUUGCUGACAUUCCUCUCGACCGAUCUGUGAAUAAGCCCGGAGUUCUCCAUCUAAUAGCCAAAUAUGACAUUGUCCUUGGUGAGAUCCUCCAGCUUCCUAGUAAUGCUGCACUAUUUUUAAGGACACGGAGAAGCAUUUCCUUUUUUUUUAUUUUUCUCGGACUGGAGCGUUUCCUCCAGCACUACAGGGGUUAAGCUUGCAAGAGAAGAUAUUUUUUUAGACACUACCUAUGCAAUGUAAAGUCGCCCUUUUUUCUUUAUAUGAAACUUUUAUAAUCUAUUUAUUGAUGCACAGUUUGUCAAACAGGUCUAUUCCUCUUUAUCAUCCAUUUACGGGCUACAAGACUAAUACCCCUGGUUUAACCUAUGAAGUGCUAUGGAUUUUGGGAUGCCCCUUGUGUUUAGUGCUUCCCGGUAGCUCCUGAGGAUUAAAGCACUACAUUUUACGAUA